UCCACCUCCUUGUAAACCCACCCAGAAUCUCCACGUCUGACACCAUGGUCAACUCCUGCUGUGGCUCUGUCUGCUCUGAGGAGGGCUGUGGCCAAGGCUGCUGCCAGCCCAGCUGCUGCCAGCCCAGCUGCUGCCAGCCCACCUGCUGUGUGUCCAGCUGUUGUAGGCCCACCUGCUGUGUGUCCAGCUGUUGUAGACCCACCUGCUGUGUGUCUAGCUGCUGCCAGCCCAGCUGCUGUGUGUCCAGUUGUUGUAGGCCCAGCUGCUGUUGCAGGCCCAGCUGCUGUGUGUCCAGUUGUUGUAGGCCCAGCUGCUGUUGCAGGCCCAGCUGCUGUGUGUCCAGCUGUUGCAGACCCAGCUGCUGCCAGUCUGUGUGCUGCCAGCCCAGCUGCUGCCGCCCCAGCUGCUGCAUCUCCAGUUGUUGCCGUCCCAGCUGCUGUGUGUCCAGCUGCUGCCGCCCCUGUUCUGGUGGUUCCAGCUGUUGCGUGUCCAGCUGCUGCAGGCCUCAGUGCUGCAUCUCCAGCUGCUGCCGCCCCUCCUGUUGCCAGACCACCUGCUGUCGUCCAGCAUGCUCUAGUGCUUCUUGUUGCUGAGCGCUCUCACCCAGUCUUCUGUUCUUCACCAACUAACAUCCCUUAUGUAGACCACCUGUGAGAUGAAUCCUGUGAUGUCUGUUAUAAGCCUGUAGUACCAGCUGAUUAGUAUGCUGCUUUUGCCUGCAAAUAUACACUAUCUCUCACUAUACUACUCACUCUUUCUUAUAUGAACACAGCUUUGAAUUUCCUUUAGAUUCCUUAAAACUAUUAUGUGACACACCCCCUACAAUGGAAAAAUGUGUUCCCUGCCCUAUUUCCUAAAAUGGAGUCAUUCCUAUAACUUAAAUAAAUGUGGAUUUUGCAGCCAUGUAAAUACAAAGCACUUUG